CUCAUUCUUUCAAUUAAAACAAUUACGAAAACUGGUAAGUGUACUUCCGUUUGGGGACAUAUUUGGUUUGACUUUAAGAAUUUCAUUGGUAAUAAUUAUAACGUUAUAGUUUGAUAUGAUUAAAAAAAAACACGAAAAUGAAAUUAAAAUUUCACUUUCAGGCCUCAAGGUCGCCCCAAUUCAGACUGAAGACAAUAAAAAGCCCCAAGGGGUCUAAAUAAAGGAAAUUCGGAAGGAAAUGUCAAGGAAGGUAUUGCCUUGUUGUUUUCGGGGCAUUAAAUCAAUGUUUUAUAAUUUUGUCUUUGUUUAUAGAUAUCGACGAGUGUAAGAGCAAAACCCAUAACUGUGACAGAAAUGCGUUAUGUAAGAACACUGAGGGGUUCUUUACUUGCACCUGCAAUCGCGGUUACAAGGGAGAUGGAAAGAAGUGUAGAGGUAACUAUCUAGCACUCUUUUAUUAAAGGUUGGUUUCCACUAUCGCGUAAUUUUUACGUGACUGCGUGAGCGCGUUAGUUUUACGUACGUAAGUAAAAUAAGGGUUAUGUAUGAAAGAUCGUGAGUAAAGGUAAAAGUUGACCCAUGCUAAACUUUACGCGCGUUCAUUUUACGAGCGUACUCGCGUAAAUAUUACGCGACAGUGGAAAUCCACCCUAAGUUCUUAAUAACCAAAGAUAGUUUAUACAUCCAGCACACUCGCUCAUCCCAUUGCUUGUAUUUAUUCUCCCUGGCACCGGUUGUUCAAACGUUGGAUAGCGCUUUGCAUCGGAUAAAUCACUACACAGUGGAUACGUUUUAGGAAAACUAAUUGCGUUAUCUACUGGAUGGCUAUUUAUCCAGCUUUUGAACAACUGGGCUAACCCCACCAUAUCCGCAGAAGCCGCCGGUUUAUCUGUAACGUAUAGUUAAAAGAGGAGAAUGUAAAGAAAGAAUUUUUAAAGUUAUAUAUACCUGCCUUGUAAACGUAAAAUAAAUGCAAGUUAUGUUUGUCUUUGUUUUUUCAGAAACCGACGAGUGUACAAGCAAAAUCCAUAACUGUGACAGAAAUGCGUUAUGUAAGAACACUGAAGGGUCUUUCACUUGCACGUGUAAACCUGGUUACAAGGGAGAUGGGAAAAAGUGUAAAGGUAUAAAUAUCUCAAUAGCACACGCAAUUAUCGCGUUGUAUGCGUUUGUUAGUUAAACACAUUUGUCAUGGAUUCUUAGCUAUUAACUUGAACUAGCCUACAUCAACGGGCUUAAGCCAGGGAAUCUGUCCACAUGCAAUUAUUCUUUAAUGAUUUUCCUCCCUAAUAGCCUCAACUCAAAGUUACCUCCAGCAACAGCAAUCACUGCUCUUCUGAAUGAAUGAAGCAAGAUCCGGGAAGCCGAUGGCAUAUGUACCUGUAUAUUAGUACCAUAGAUUAUAAGUCUCUUUGAAAACGAUUGCAAGCUUGAUUAAUUCAGUAAUUGAGCUUUGUGAAACUAUCUUCACUUUUUCUUUAGUUUCAUUUUACGCACGUUUUCUUCUUUUAUUUUCACCUUAAGAUUAAAGUGAAAUUCUCGUUUCUCCAUAGAAGCUUUGCAAACUUUUUCCAAACAACAAUUCUUCAAAGUUGAUCUCUGAUGCUGAUAUCUAUUUUGUUGUAGCGACACGCGGGCUGGUUUCCUACGAUCCCGCUCAAUCAUGCAAAGAAAUCAAGGACUUAGGUAUCUCCAAUGGCGACGGGGAGUACUGGAUUGACCCUGGAAGGACUAAAAGGCCUUUUAAGGCAUAUUGUGACAUGACAACUGACGGAGGUAAGGUUUGACUUGAAGAUGACACCUCUUUUAUGCUGGUCUUAUUUUAUAAAAUAAGUUCACAAAAUAUGCAUUGUUUGUGCCAGGCCUCGUUUCGGGGUCAACUUGAAAGACUGUUAGCAUCUGCUUACCGAAUCACAGAUAUCUUAGUUCGCGGGAGUCAACACAUGGCUGAUGAAAACUGAUUGAAUUUCAGGGGGAUGGCUUCUUGUAUCCAACGUUGUUUCGCACGGUUCAUCUCCCACUCAGUUGCCAGUUAAGGCAUCGUACCGCGGAGUAAGCAGCAAAGAGAUGGUACUCACAAAAAGCGCCAUGAAGGAGCUGAGAAAGCACUUGCAUUAUACUCAGAUGAGAUUCCACUGCAAGAAAAGAGGAGGUCGCACAUUUCACAUCACCACGGCUGCUAAUAGCAAAGGCGAAGCAGUUGUCAAAUAUCUUAGUGGUGAGACAGAUGUGAUACCCGCUUCAUGUGGCUCGUUUGUGAUUAUGAGCAAUGAUAACUCGCGGUUAGCAAGACUCUGCCAACAUUGGGGAAAGGAAAAUGGUUAUUAUAAAGUUGGCAAAUGGGGCCAUGAAAGAGAUCAGGAUAGAUUAUCCUUCCACACUGCUUUUGUAUGGGACUACCCUCGUCAAGGAGUGGGGAAUUAUUUUUGGAAUCUUGAACCAGGUGGCAGAUGGGAAUGCGACGAUUUUAAUGUUGGAGUGUCCCCUGGUGAUUUUUGGAAAAUAUUCGUUCGCUAG